CUUUAGUUUUUCUGUUUUAAGGUUCAUUGGUUAUGGAGAUUCUAGAAAUGCUUGUUCCGUUGCUACUGGUUCCAUUAUGGUUUAGCCUUUUAGUCAAUGGGGUUCAGGCAUCUAACAAAGUACUAUCAGAAAUUCAGGCUACUAACAAAUCUAAUGCUUGGAGUCUUUACAGAACAGGUUAUCACUUUCAACCUCAGAAAAAUUGGAUGAAUGACCCAAAUGGCCCAAUGUACUAUAAUGGUACCUACCAUCUGUUCUACCAGUACAACCCCGAAGGUGCUGUAUGGGGAAACAUUGUGUGGGGGCAUUCUGUAUCAAAGGACAUGAUCAAUUGGCUCCCUCUUAAUCCCGCAAUCUAUCCUUCAGCUCCAUUCGAUAUCAAUGGUUGUUGGUCGGGUUCUGCAACUAUCCUCCAGGGAAAUAAACCUGUGAUAUUCUACACAGGCAUUGAUACAGAGAAUCGACAAGUGCAGAACAUUGCAGUACCAAAGAACUUAUCAGAUCCUUUCCUAGAAGAAUGGACGAAACCUGACUACAACCCCUUGAUAGAGCCAAUCAAUGGGAUUAAUGCUGCCUCAUUUCGAGACCCGACAACUGCUUGGUUGGGCAAAGAUGGGUACUGGAGAUUGGUAGUUGGAAAUGAGAGCGGUAACAAAACAGGAAUGGCAUUACUGUAUAAAAGUAAAGAUUUCGUUAAAUGGGUUAAGGUCCAAUAUCCACUACAUUCUGCUCAAACUGGUAUGUGGGAGUGUCCGGAUUUCUUUCCUGUAUCACUAACAGGAAAAGAAGGUUUAGACACAUCUGCAAGUGGAGACCGAAUCAAACAUGUUUUAAAAGUGAGUCUUGGUGAGAAGACCGCUGAUCACUAUACGGUUGGUCACUAUCUUUUGAGUAAGGAUCAGUAUAUACCUGACAAUACAUCUGUUGAUGAUUCGACGGGAUUAAGGUAUGACUAUGGAAACUUCUAUGCAUCUAAAUCAUUUUUUGAUGCAUCGAAAAAGAGGAGGAUCCUGUGGGGAUGGGUUCUCGAGUCCGAUACCAAAGAAGACGAUAUUGCUGAAGGAUGGGCUGGCAUUCAGUCAGUUCCGAGAACUUUAUGGCUUGAUAAAAACGAAAAACAACUUCUACAAUGGCCGGUUGAAGAACUCAAAAGUUUGAGAAGAGAAGAAGUUGCCAUGACAAAUAUAUCUCUCACCAAGGGAAUUCUUUCCGAAGUUAAAGGAAUAACAGCUUCACAGGCCGAUGUUGAAGUUACAUUCCAUUUGCCUAGUUUGGAGAAGGCAGAGUUGUUUGACCCUACUUGGGUUGACGCUGAAGCACUCUGUGGUAAGAAGGAUGCUACUGUUCAAGGUGGGGUUGGACCUUUCGGAUUGUUAGCAUUGGCUUCUAAAAAUUUGAUGGAAUACACAACAGUCGUCUUUAGAGUUUUUAAAGCUCAAGACAAGUAUACAGUACUUAUGUGCUCUGGCGGUGUAAGGUCUUCUCUAAAACCAGGAGUUACAAAACGGUCUUAUGGAGCUUUUGUAGAUGCAGAUUUGAGUGAUGGAAAGCUUUCUUUGAGGAGCUUGAUUGAUAAUUCAGUGGUCGAAAGUUUUGCUUCUGGAGGAAAAACAUGUAUAACGUCCAGGGUUUACCCAACUCUUGCACUGGGGAAAAAUGCUCACUUGUAUGCUUUCAACAACGGUACUGAAGCUGUUGAAAUUGCAGAGUUGAAAGCAUGGUCAAUAGGAAGACCAAAAAUGAAUGUUAAAGCACAAACACGAAGAAAACUGGAUCGUGAUUAACCUAAUUGGCAUCAGGAUUCAGAUGCAAAAUAAUCAUUUUUAAAUACAUUGAAUUAGUUCAGAAAUAGAAUAAGGUCAUCGUCAUGUUUAGUAUUCUCUCUGGCCCUCAUAUAAAUGAAUGUAUAAGGGAUCCAAGGUUAAGGAAGAUUUUAAUAUUAUAUUACAAUUAUCUUAUAUUGAAUAUUCCUAAUUCAUAAUUAAUAAAAUAAAAACUUUACUUAUCAA